CAACGAUGAGCCAGAAGCAUCCAAUUACCUGCCACGUCCUCGACACCACGCUCGGCAAACCAGCGGCAGGAGUUCAGGUUUCUCUGUACGCGGUCGAUCCUGCGGACAACAAGUUCACAAAAACUGGCUACGCCGAAACGGAUUCUGACGGACGGAUCCUAAAGUGGACACUGACCCAGGGAGCUUUCCAUGCAUCCAGCACGGACGUAUACAGACUCGUAUUUGAAGUUGAACAAUAUUACAAAAAAUUGGGCAUGGAGACGUUCUUCCCCUGGGUGGAGAUCUUCGUCAAUGCCAAGGAUCUGCUGCAGGAGCACUAUCAUGUUCCACUUUUGUUGAGUCCAUACAGCUAUUCGACCUACAGGGGAUCGUGAGGAAGGACGCACGAGGAUAUACCACGAGAUACCAAAUAUAGCCGCAAACUCAAAUUCCAUGGGUAUACAUCCUAAUCUUCUAUGCAACUCGUAUGCCUCAAUUCCUUACUGCAUCCUUCCGA